UGUCCAUAUGAGAUCAGAUCACCAAGACGCACUCGAGUGCUGCAUGUGAACCGGGUCGGUGUUUCCCUGUGCACUAAGCUAGCUAUCACUUUCUCUCCUGCUGACAGAUUGCAGCUCACAGUAAUAUUUAGUUUUCUUCUUGGUUGGCUCAGUUAUACACAUGUUUGUGUUUUUAAAGAGAAUAUGGUCGUGUGUGUAGGAGGAGAAAAUUGACUAACAGACCUGGAUUUAAAAAAGAGUUUCUUGUUUGACUUGUUUAAGCUACAGAGAGCAUCAUUUUGUUUGAAUCUGCUGAUUUAGUGUUUGGGUGCUUAAUGCUAUGCACAGACCUGCUGCACUGUGGCAAGCAAUGUGAGGGGGAAAGUCGAUAGAACAGAAUGAAGAGAAAAGGCAGUGAGAAAGUGAGGUAUGGUGUCAGUGAGGGCAGCUGGUGGUACAGCCUGCAGCCAGAUGAGGCUGAAAUCUGAGACUUGCUUAACCACAGAGGCUGUGGAACGGAGGGAGCAGAGAGAAAGAAACACAAGUGGGAGAGCGAGAGAAGGAAUGUCCACCUAAGAAGGGGAGCGAAAUACGCGAGCUUGAGGCAGGCAAAAAUGCAAGAAAGUAUACAGACGUGUACAUACGCUGUCUGUAUACUUUCUGUAUGUAUAUUUUCAGGCGCAAAUAAAAUUUGUCAAGUGUCAGCUGUGUGAGGAGAGAGGGUUAUGUGUUUGGGUAGGGAGUUGUCAGGGGAGAGCGGGGAGGGUGUGAGCGAGGCUGCUGUUUGGACUGACAUUGGAUGCCGGCUUAGCUUUGCUCUCUGUCUUUCUCACAAACGCACCCAGCAGCAGCGACACCAACCACACUCGUGGGGACGGAGGGAACUUCGCUCAGUGAGGGAGUGACUUUAUUUGGGACGCUUUCUUUGUUUCCUUCUCUCGCAAGUCUUAUCAUCUUAAGAAACCAAAAAAGCAGAGCUUUGUUUUCCUAUCAAACUUUUUUUUUUUUCUACCUUCCAACUCAAGUACACUGGACAGGAUUUGUUUUUCUAUCAAAAUCACCUCUGUUUGACUGUGGGAAAUGUUCCUGCCCCCAGCAAACCUACAAUUUCAGAAGGUGGUUGUUGGAUGCAUUUGUACCUGUUAGAUGUUGCAGUGGUGUAGUGCCAAACAGUUCCUGAAAAUUUGGCACCAGGAGAAACAAAGGUGGAACCUGCUAAAGGAUAAUUAUCCAGUGUUGAAGAAACUACUGUGAGUUGGCUAAACUGCCUUGCUUUGCUGUCUGUUCCUGUAUUGACCGAUUAGGCCGAAACAAGGGAGUGGCCGGCUGACCACACACCAACAGACUGCUUACAGACUUGAUUUUCAAGGUUUUAAUUUUAACAGAAAACAAAUCUGAUGGUUUGUGUCGAAGCAUUGCAGUGAAAACAUCGGUGACCUGCUAUUUUUGUUUUGUUUUUUUCAUCUCUCUUUCCAGCCUUGGCCACUCUGUUGUGCCAUCUCCUCUGAGAACUCAUUUUACCAGCUAUUAAGGAUCAGUUUGCCUCUCUGGACACAGUUCUUUCAUUUCAGCUUACCCCAACCCUCAUGAACUUGUUCUUCUCAAAUGGGUGAGCAGGAGGAUGAAACAUGAUCCUGUGUUUGGGGCAGCAGUAACACUGUGUGGUUUCCAUGGAAAAGGCCAGAGAAAUAUGGCGCAAAGGGAGCGUAUAAAUGCCUUACCUCUAUGUCUGUGGUACAAGUGAAAUCGAAGCCGGCUACUAUAUCGCUGCAAGCUCCACCCUGGAACUCCUUGCUCAGACUCUUCUCAUGUGUAGCCACAAGGAGUGUGCACAGGACUAAAGAGGUCCCCACAUUUCAAGAGGAGACGAAAACCUUAUUUGGAAAUCUUAUGGACGAAGAAAUGAGUCGCCAGACUGCCACCGCGCUGCCCACAGGAACAUCUAAGUGCCCUCCCUCUCAGCGUGUGCCCACCCUUUCAGGCACCACAGCCUCCAACAGUGACCUGGCGAGCCUGUUUGAGUGUCCUGUCUGCUUCGACUAUGUCCUCCCCCCAAUCCUCCAGUGCCAGUCCGGACACCUGGUGUGCUCCAACUGCCGGCCUAAGCUCACUUGUUGCCCCACCUGCCGAGGUCCCCUGGGUUCCAUCAGGAACCUGGCCAUGGAGAAGGUGGCCAACUCUGUCCUUUUCCCCUGCAAGUAUGCCUCAUCAGGCUGCGAAGUCACCUUGCCUCAUACCGACAAGACCGAGCACGAAGAGCUUUGCGAGUUUCGGCCGUAUUCCUGCCCCUGCCCCGGCGCCUCUUGCAAGUGGCAGGGAUCAUUGGAUGCAGUCAUGCCUCACCUGAUGCACCAGCACAAGUCCAUCACCACACUGCAGGGGGAGGACAUCGUGUUCCUGGCCACAGAUAUCAACCUGCCCGGUGCGGUGGACUGGGUAAUGAUGCAGUCGUGCUUCGGCUUCCACUUCAUGCUCGUGCUGGAGAAGCAGGAGAAGUACGACGGACACCAGCAGUUCUUUGCCAUCGUGCAGCUCAUUGGGACUCGCAAGCAGGCCGAGAACUUCGCCUACCGACUGGAGCUCAACGGGCACCGGCGUCGUCUGACCUGGGAGGCCACGCCACGCUCCAUCCACGAGGGCAUCGCCACAGCUAUCAUGAACAGCGACUGCCUGGUGUUCGACACAUCCAUCGCACAGCUGUUUGCUGAAAACGGCAACCUGGGAAUCAACGUCACCAUCUCCAUGUGCUAAAAACUUUGAAGAGGAUUUAAAAAAACAACAAGUUACAUAUUGUUAGGGGGCAUUUUUUUCUUUGUUUUCUUUUUUUAUUAGAGGGGAGACCUCGCAGUGCCCCGCCCCUCUCUGCCUCACUCCUUCAGACAUGAAUUUGGACUGUCUAAUUAGGCAGCCAUGGAGGCCUGGGGGGGGGGAAUGGAUGGCUGAAUGUUUGGAUGGAUGAGUGGAGGAAAUGAAACAAAAUAACUGUGUAGUGACGGCUAUAGACUUGGAAACACAUUACGUGAGACCCACGCAGGGCCUCGCCCUCUGUUGGUCAUAAACGCGGACACAAACCGUCAAACUCCUUUCCUGGCCACGUGUCCCCCGUCUUGGAGUGAUUUCUCACCGCUCGUUCUCAUCGCUCUCUCACUCUUACACACACUUCAGACACUACGGCUCUUCCCGAGCGGAACGUGGAAGGGGCUCCGGUCCCUGACUUGAAGGAUCAAGCUAUAGUUCAAAAUGGACUCCUGGUCAGUGCUGGAGUGCUUGCAGGACAGCUAGCACUUCCUGUUUGUAGUCCACCUCAGUACCCCUCAAGUCCCCCCACACUUUCCCUCACUCGGACUGGAACGGUUCCCACGCUCCCCACCCUCGCAGGGCUAUGGCUGUGGCUGCUAUUGACGAUUUCAAACUGGAACCCUGAGUCCCUAAAAAUCUUUAUCUAAAAUGUAUCUUCACCUGUGACUGGGGAUCAUCACUCACAGACAUGAACGGCUGUAGCACCCCAAUCCCCGAGUAACGUCCAGGAAAAGAAGCUUGGAUCUGUGUUAAGGGUCCCGGGAUUACUACAACUGCGCGAGCUCGUUUUGCUUCCUUCUGCUCCACACCGGUUCCUCCCCCCAAAGCUAAAGAUUGCGCAUCGGAUGCUUGUUAUUAAAUUGUUGACUGUCAUCAUCAAUUAUUAAACUUUGCUGUCAUACUGGUUGGAUGUAAGAAGGCCCUCAGCUACGUCAGUCCUGGAGUUUUACUUUUUUUCUUUCUAAUUUUGAAGUUUUAUUUUCAAAGUGGACACAUCAACGGCUUUCUGACAUGCCAAACGCACAUUGCUCUUUGCAUUACAGGCUCUGUGUGCAGGUGUAAUAAAUUGACCGAGGAACAAAGGGGUCCUUUUUGUUUUUUUGUUUUUAGAACAAGGAGGAAAAAACCUAAACACUGCAUUUCAGUUGGAAGAAUUAUUAUUUCUCAAGUCUAUUUCUUUGGAACUAUUAGUGUUUUAUUUUUUAUUUUAUUUUUGUGUGUGCGCGCGUGUGCACUGUCUUUGCUGAAAACCUCUCACGUCUCUUUUGUUUGUGCUCGGCCUCGUUUCUCUGUCUGCCCGUGUCUGCUCACCGAUUGACUGAUCACCCAACAAGGAAUGAGGGACAGUUUCUACCGUUACAAUGUUGCUAUUGUUAUUAUUACAUGGAGAUUAUGACAAUUAUCGGUUUUUGUAUUGAAUUUUAAAAACAAACAUUAAAAGGCAAUUGUAAAAGUUGUGGCUAAACUUCAGUGUUUGUAGUUUAAAGGAAAAAAAAAAACAAGUUGUCGUUCUUCUGAAGGUUUCUUUUCUUCCAGAGUUGGGUUGCUUUAUUUUAUUUCCUCUUCAUUUAUUUGUCCCGCUGUCCUCUCAUUUGUGUGGUAAGUCUUUCCCCUUGAGCCCUUUUGUUUUGUUUGUUUUGUUCAAGGAUUGAGGGAGUUCAAGCCAAUCAUCUCUCCAUUUCUCCUCAUGUGGAGUCUCAGUAAUGUUGCUGCUCUCCCUGAAGUCCUCCACUUCUUCUGUUUUAAUUUGUCAUUAAAUAAAUCUAUCUUUUUCAUA